AUGGAUGAUUGGAGGACAGAUUUUAAUAAUAAUUUACUUCAAAUAAAUGACACUAUAAAUAAUUUGAUUAAGAACGACCUUGCAAAACUGAACGAGAUUGUAGUCGAGGUGAAGGCAGAGAUCAAUAAUAUUCGUAAGGAAUACACAGAGAUUAAGACUGACAUAGUAAGAUUAAAAACUCAGCAAGUCGCAACACAAAAAGAAAUUGAUAGUCUCCAACAGUCGGUACAAUUCAAUGCUGACCAGCAAGACGAGCAAGCAAAAAAGAUUGAAACUUUAGCUGUCGAUACUAAGAAAACACGUGAAAUAGAGAUGGAAAUUGUUAAAAUAAAACAGCAAAAUAUGCAAUUACAAUCACAACUGAACUCAAGUAAACAGAGAGAGAAUGAUGCCGGACAAAGCGAAAAUCUUCAAGACCUUAUUUUGAACAUUGGAAAACAUAUUGGUGUCGAUAUUCCGCCAAAUGAUAUUUUACAAUUGAACAGAGUUUCUUCGAAAAUAAAAUUACAAGGUCGUCCCAGAGUCAUAAUAGCUAAAAUGCGGACAAGGCUCUUGAAGGACAACAUAAUUUCACGGGGCCGCAAAGCUCGGAUUACCUCAAGAGAUAUUGAUGUAACAGGAGAAAGCAGACCCAUAUAUAUUAAAGAACAUUUAACCCCCUUUAAUAAACAACUAUUGACAAAAUGUAAGGAAUUGGCCAAAAUAAAACAGCAUCAGUUCGUCUGGGUAAAAAUGGGUUAA